AUGGCCAAGGUGGAGGAGGAGGAGAGCUUUCAGAAUCUUGUAUCUGCUAGGCAAUUGUUGGAGUCUAGCUUACAGAAAUCAAGAGCUUUGGCUUCUGCGGUAGAUGAGACGGGGCUAAGAUUGGAAAUGAUUAGCCAAAGAUUGCCAUCCUUGGAAGCUGCUGCAAGAUCCAUCAUCUCUCUGCAAAAAUGUGCAUUCCAUAUUGACCCGGCUAUAGCAGCUGCUGCUGCAGUUCUCAAGGUCUUUCAUACGGCUCGUGAGCUUCAGAAGUCACUCUUGUCUUACAAUUGUUCCGAUGAUCAUCUCUUCAACUACCUCUCACUCAUGAAUCGGCUUCAACAAGUUUUGAGAUUUCUUGCUGAUAAUUGCCGGCUCGCAAUCAAGUGGCUGGAGGGCAUAGUUGAACACAUGGAGGACUAUGCAAUCACCAAUGACUGGUACCUCUCGAAUGUGAAGAAAUCUUUGGGAAUUCUACAAGACUUGCAGGCCAAAGAGGAAUCUUUGGGAAUUCUUAGUGCCGCAUUCCAAAAACUAGAAAUUGAAUUCAAGCGACUCCUGAUGGAAAACAGCGUCCCUCUUGCUUUGGCUUCCCUAGCAACAACCUGCAAUGUGGAGGAAGCCCUCAAUCAAUCGUGCUUGCCAGCGCCUACCAUACAGAAGCUGCAGGCAAUACUUGUAAGAUUAAAUUCCAAUAGCCAACUUGGGAUGUGCAUAUCUGUAUACGUCGAUGUUCGGAGUUCAAAUGCUAAACGAAGUUUACGAGCUCUUGGUUUGGAUUACCUUGACAUGUCUAUCACAAAAUUUGAUGAUGAGCAGGGUAUGGAGGAGGAUUACAUAGAGAAAUGGAGUAAGCAUUUGGUGUUGGCUGUGAAGUACCUGUUUGAGCUUGAGUAUAGACUCUGCAAUGAGGUGUUCAAGAAGAUAGGAUCAGAUGUUGGAAUGAGUUGCUUUGCAAAGAUCGCUGCUCAAUCUGGCAUCCUUGAAUUUCUCCAAUUUGGGAAACAUGUGACUGAAAGUAGUAACAAGGAUGCCAUCAAGAUGUUGAAGCUAUUGGACAUGUUUGCUUCUUUGGACAAUCUGAGAUUGGAUUUCAACCGGCUUUUUCGUGGAGAAGACUGCACUGAAAUCCAAAAUCAGACAAGGGAUCUCAUCAGAAGGAUUGUUGAUGGUGCCUGUCAGAUUUUCUGGCAACUUCCUCUCCAAGUGGAAUUGCAAAGGGGAGGUUCUCCUCCUUCAGAUGGCAGUCUUCCGAGGCUGGUGAGUUUUGUAACCAGCUAUUGCAAUCAGCUGCUUGGUGAUGAGUACAGGCCAAUCAUGGCCCAGGUUCUUGUGAUCCAUCACAGCUGGAAACAAGAGAGUUAUGAAGAGGGUCUUAUUUCCUACCAGGUGUGUAAAAUAAUGAAAGCAAUUGGGGUAAAUUUGGAUCGAUGGUCAAAGGCCUAUGAGGAUAUCUCCUUGUCCUAUCUCUUCAUGAUGAAUAAUCACUGCCAUUUUUGCAAUCUCAAAGGCACCAAGCUUGGGGAUGUGAUGGGAGAUUCUUGGUUAACGGCACAUGGGCAAUACACAGAUUAUUAUGCAGCACUCUACUUGAGGGAGAGCUGGGGAAAUCUGGUGACACUUGUGAGCCAAAAGAGCCUCCAAACAUCACUGGCUGGUCAAGAUUUGGUCAAGAAAAGGCUCAAGGCAUUCAAUGACGCUUUUGAUGAAAGGUAUAAGAAGCAAUCCAAGUGGAUCAUCUGCAACGAAAACUUGAGGAAGAAAGUGUGCCAACAUCUAGAGCAAGCUAUUCUACCUGUUUAUCAGAGUUACAUGCAAAAUUACAGGCCUUUGGUUGAACAAGAUGUCAAAUACAGCGUGCAAAAUUUGGAGAAAUUGCUCAGCUGUAUGUUCCAGCCAACGAUUACCAAGUAUUGGGGCGGCAAUAAUGGAGACUUGGUGGGUAACGUGGAAUACAAGUCAUCCGCAGCAUGGAGUUUGGGGAAUAUGCUCAGCGCUCUUUUCCCGCAGAAGCUAAGCAAGUACGGCAGAACCAAACGAGCGCAGUGGAUGAACAGAAUGAAAAAUUCUGUGACCAAUCAGUUUCGCUUCAGUCUUACUGCUAUUUGACUCCUGACACCUACAUUUUUGUUAGAAAUAUAACAAGAUCUGAUCUACUUGUUCCACUUGCCUCUACUCAUGAGUCUCCAACAUUUCUUCUCACCCACAAUAUCCACUGUAUAAAUGCUACACAUGGACAGAAAAUGU